AUGGGUUACGUGAAACAAAGAACGUCGCACCGAAUGUAUCUAUUGGUUUUUAUUUUAGCAUUUGUAUUUUCUCUAUUUUCGGUUGUUUACGUUCAUUACUAUACUUUGGUUGUGCCGCUGAAACAAGGAAGUCCAUCAUUUGUCAUCAAACAAGAUGUAGAUGCCUCGCGCAGCUACACAAGUGCAGCCAGCAGUGCAAGUAUCAUGCAUUCCAUAGCAAACAAGAAGGAAAGUUUUCAGCGCAACACAGAUGAUCUAUCAUAUUCAGGGAAAUCCAUUCCUCUGAUGGACUUCAAGGACUUACAAAAGAGAAAAAAACGAUUGCUUUUAUUGGUUACUGUUGGCAGUGCACCACAAAGAUUCGACAGGAGGCAGGCAAUAAGAGAUACAUGGUGGAAAUUUUGUUACGAGAAAAAGGUCAAAUGCGUCUUCUUUACAGACGGCAUCAUUAAGAACCAAACUCUCCUUACCCUUCUACUCCAGGAAAAAAACCGCUACAAAGAUUUAGAGCUUCAACCGCUUCCAUCUGGUGUUCAAUUCGGGCAACGCUUUCUAAAUUCCAUCAAAUGGGCCACGGCCAAAUUUGACUUUAAAUAUUUUCUCAAACUGGAUGACGACUAUUAUGUUUGUCUAAAAAGACUCCUAUUUGAACUUCCCUCGCGACCGAAGCGCAAUCUUGUAUGGGGAAGUUUUCAUUGUGAGUUUGGAAUUUCUUGGGCAGACGAAGCAUUCGUAAUAUUCUCUGCUGACAUGAUCCGCAAAUUCUUGAUGCAAGAUAAGAAAAAGAUGCUCUGUCACCCAUUUGCUGACCAACAGUUUAGUAUUUGGAUGAAACAUAUGACUAAGCUUUAUUUUCAUGACACAAGGCUUCACCAUGACCCACCAGCUUCCUUUACGCCUGAAUUUAAAGAAAUGAAAAACCUAUGUGACUCGUAUAUUGGAAUACAUGGUACAUACGUAGAAGAGAUGAGGAAUUUUGCGAAGGUUGCAAAUGAUGGCGCAAAAGAAGUAGAACCUGUCCCUAAAUUUUCAAGAUUCUGCCCAUUCAAAAACUUUGAUUAUCGAAAGUUUUCACCUAAGUAUUAUUUUCGUCCUAAACCUUGUAUACAGAAUCCCACUUGGAAGAAUUCUACAUUUACUGGUCGUGAAGACGAACACAUACUGCGUCAGGAUGAUCUAUAAGACGAAGAGCAUCGACUACCGGGGUUUUAUUUCUAAACGCCAGAGUUCCAAGUCUCAAGCACAGUUGAUGAAUAUGUGAUAAUCUCAAAAAAAGGUUUAAUUUAUGAAUUGCAAACCAGUUCUCAAGAAUAGUUUAAAACGCUUAUUCACAAGAUAGUGUUAAUAGCUUAAAAGAAGAGAAGGCCUUGAUAGACCUAUUUACCUAAUAAAUGUUAUUUUGAUAGAUUGAUUAAUUUAUAUUUAUUUUUUCCAAUUUAAGAACCAUUGUAGAAUAUAAGCUGGGCUAGUUACUUCAAAAUUUUAAACUACCGUGUAAACAAAAAUUUCUGUUCCCGUGCGCUGCGAAAAAUAUUCGCAGAGUAAUUAAUA